UACAUUUUAGAACAAAUAUAUAGUCCGAUUAUUUUCGGCCUUGGAGUUAUCAGCACUUUAAGCAUGUGCAUGGUGAUAUUUCAUGCAGUUGUUACCAAAGGUGGGCACAGUGGAAAUGUAGCAUUGUUUACGGUGUACUUUUGCAUGGAAUUUUCCGAAGUACUAUUAUACUGCUGGUUCGGGAGUUCUCUAACUUUUGCGAGCUUAGAAGUUGGAUUGGCCCUGUACGAUAUAGAUUGGUACAACGCUCACGAAGACAAAGAAGCUUUUCUUACCUGUGUGCACAUUAUGAUGAUCAGAAUUCAAAAUCCCAUUAAACUUACUGCUCUCAAAUUUGCCGAUGUGUCCUUGACAUUAUUUACUAAUAUAAUGAGUACAACAGCCUCGUACUUUGCACUUCUAAAAACUCUUUAUACGAGUUAAAAAUAUCAGGUUAUUAUAUUUAUGCAUAGCAUUGCCUACAGAAAACUCUUCAUACUGUUUUUUGGAUUUUUAAGGAUAUCCUGUGAAAAUUUACUAUAUAGAUUAGAUAUCUUUGUCUACAAUAUCACUGUUUAUGAAAAAUCAUGGAAAAAUUCUAUUACCACCUUUUAUGUAACUUCAUGUUAAAUUAAUAUAUUCAAUAGUCAAACUACUUAUAAAAAAUUAAAGCACCCCAGACAUUCAACUGUAUAAAAAUAUUAAAAUAGUUUAAAAAUUGAAUUAUACGAAU